CUCACGGAGCCGCUCUGUCUCCGCUCCAGGGCCGGCUCUGUGUUAAUCAUGUGGCUGAACCGUAGCUUCAGGCUCUUGGGUCUGGUCCCGGGCCCACUCCGAGCCGCCGGUCGCCGCAUGGUCCGCGGGAGCGGCUCGAAAGGCCCCGACACCUCCCUGUUUGUGCCGCUAUCGCCCAGAGUGAGGCCGGGACCCGAGGGAAACGUCGGAGCAGAACUGAGUCGGGACCUGGACAAGGGUGAAACGCUGAAAGUGUUGAAUAAAUUCUACAAACGGAAAGAGAUGCAGAGACUGAGCAGUGAAAAUGGCCUUGAUGCUCGGUUAUUCCACCAGGCUUUCAUUAGUUUUCGAAAGUAUGUGAUGGAAGCUGAAUCUCUGAAUGUGGAUUUACACAUCAUCCUGAAUGAUAUCUGCUGUGGUGCAGGUCAUGUUGAUGAUCUCUUUCCUUAUUUCCUGAGACAUGCCAAACAAGUGUUUCCAAUGUUGGAUUGUAUGGAGGAUCUGCGCAAGAUCAGUGAUCUGAGGUUACCGGCCAACUGGUACCCUGAGGCCAGAGCAAUUCAGAGAAAGAUCAUCUUCCACGCUGGGCCAACAAACAGUGGAAAAACACAUCACGCCAUUCAGAGAUUCUUAGCAGCUAACUCUGGAGUCUAUUGUGGUCCUUUGAAACUGCUUGCACAUGAAAUCUAUCAAAAGAGCAAUGAUGCUGGGGUGCCAUGUGACUUGGUGACUGGAGAAGAGCGAAGCUUUGUGGAUCCAGAUGGGAGGCAGUCAACCCAUGUCGCUUGUACUAUUGAAAUGUGCAGUGUAACAACACCAUAUGAAAUUGCCGUAAUUGAUGAAAUCCAGAUGAUCAAAGACCCUUCCAGAGGCUGGGCCUGGACCAGGGCACUGUUGGGACUUUGUGCAGAAGAAAUCCAUAUCUGUGGUGAAGCUGCGGCUAUUAACUUGGUGAUGGAGUUGAUGUUUGACACAGGAGAAGAGGUUGAGGUUGAAAACUAUGAGCGGCUAACUCCCAUGACUGUUCUGGACACUGCACUGGAGUCACUGGAUAACCUGCGUCCUGGUGACUGUAUUGUGUGCUUCGGUAAAAGUGACAUCUAUUCACUGAGUCGACAAAUUGAGGCUCGCGGACUGGAAUGUGCAGUGAUUUAUGGCAGUCUUCCACCUGGAACAAAACUGGCUCAAGCAAAAAAAUUCAAUGACCCUGACGAUCCCUGUAAGAUCAUGGUUGCUACUGAUGCCAUUGGGAUGGGUUUGAAUCUGAGCAUAAAACGCAUCAUUUUCAAUUCCCUCGUGAAACCAAGUAUCAAUGAGAAAGGAGAGAAAGAAAUGGACCGGAUAACCACAUCACAGGCCCUGCAGAUUGCUGGCAGGGCUGGCAGAUUCCGCUCAGCUUUUAAAGAAGGGGAAGUUACUACGAUGAAUCAAGAUGACCUUCCUGUGCUGCAAGAAAUCCUGAGCAGGACUGUCGAACCUAUUGAGGCAGCAGGAUUGCACCCCACAGCAGACCAGAUCGAGAUGUUUGCCUACCAGCUGCCAGAUGCCACCCUGUCAAACUUAAUUGACAUAUUUGUGAGCCUCUCACAAGUCGAUGGACUAUACUUCGUGUGCAAUAUUGAUGAUUUCAAGUUUCUGGCUGAUAUGAUUCAGCAUAUCCCACUGAAUCUCCGUGUGCGAUAUGUCUUCUGCACUGCACCAAUCAAUAGGAAGCAUCCCUUUGUCUGCACCUCCUUUCUAAAGUUUGCCAGACAGUUCAGCAGGAAUGAGCCACUGACAUUUGAGUGGUUAUGUCGACACAUUAACUGGCCAUUGAUACCACCAAAAAAUAUCAAAGAUCUUGUACACUUGGAGGCUGUGCAUGAUGUAUUGGAUCUGUACUUAUGGUUAAGUUACCGGUUCAUGGACAUGUUCCCAGAUGUGAGUCUUGUGCGAGAGAUCCAGAUCGAGCUGGACAGCAUCAUACAGAUUGGAGUAAAGAAUAUCACUCGUCUGAUCCGUGCUUCGGAUUCCAUCUCCACGACAACUGCUGCAGGAGCUGAAGACGCUUCUGCCCAUGGAGGAACGUGGACAAAUGAGAGGAUAAACAUGGAGGAAGUGAAUUCCAAGGAUCAGGUCUACAUUGGAUCUAGACGGAUUCGAGGGUCUAAAACUUUAGGCUACAGAACAGAGGCUUGUAAAGCAGAGAUACCUGGGAAAGCUGGUGACUCUCUGAGUGCCAGGCUGGUUCAGCAAGGACAUCUGACAGCUGAAUUAUUGCAGCAACUUCAGGAGGAGUGGGCAGCCAGCCAUGGUCUCCAAACACCCAGAAGUGCCAUGACCCAAGAGCCAAGUAAAAUCACAUCCAAAGGAUUGAGGAAGAAAAAGAAAUAAAUUCAGCAUAUUUAUUCUACUCUGAAAAUAUUCUCUCCAGUUUAAACAAUAAAGAAGUGAUUGGACUAGGUACAAAACACCAGGUUUUUCCAGUUUGUUUAAUAUCUUUGACUGCCAACUGCACAGAAAUCAAAGUCAAGAUUUUCCAUUCAGGCACUUCCCCGAUCGUCUUGAAGUUGGAAUCAUGGUGUCAGAAGCCGUACUGUAACUCUCAGUAGUUCAUACAAGUAUGUGAGAUCCUAUCAACCCAUAUGGGUUAAAGCAUCUAGUAUUUGUAUAAUGCUUUGAGUUAAGGGGACAAGAUUUAAAAGAGAAGGGAGAGAUUUGAGGAUGGCAUUCCAAAGCUUAAGGCCUUGACAGCAGAAGACAGGGCCAUCAGUAGCGAGGAGCUUGGGGAAUCAGCAAACUUUUAGAGAAUUUUGUAUGAUGAGAAAAUACUGUUCUUGUAUUUCAACAAAAAAAGUCAAGGAGAGGGAGCAAGUCACAUGAGACAUGAUAUUUCUUGGCUCAGAUAGUCGUGAGUCUUUGAAAUCCUCUAUCUUAGAGGAUGUGAAAGCUCAGCUAUUGAAUGCGUUCAAGACAGAAAUUCACAGAUUUAGAACUUUGAAACAAGAAGGGGAUGGUACUGUUUGUAGACCCCCAAAUAGUGAGUGGGUUCUAACUGAAUUCAAAAAGCAGGAGCACAUUUUGGGAUCAUGGAUAAGCAGGUGAAAUCUGUUGCUUGCACUUGUCCAAUUUUGGAAUUGUCAUUGGGGUUAGUGGUGUGGGAGCGCCAAAGUUCCUAUUAAAAAAAUACUGAACCUGAGGAUUAGGAGCCUAAGGGGAGAAAAAUAGAGAGAGUGAAUUGAGAAGGAAUAUUAAAGUGGACUGUAAAAGUUACUUUGUGUAAAAAGAAAAGGAUCAGUACAGAUAAACAUAGGUCCUUAUGGUCUAAAGAGAAGAAUAGAUAGUGGAAAGCCAUGAAACCAUAGAGCACUUAAACAAGUACUUUAGCUCUGCCUUCAUAGAAGAAGUCACAAAUAAGUUUGCAGAAAUGCUAAGGAAGCAAGGGUCUAUUAGCAAGGAGGAGUUGAAGUUAAUGUUCAAAGAAAGAACUGCUGGAGAAAUUAAUGGAACUGAGAUCUAUAAAUCCCUGGUGCCUGAUAAGUCACAUCCUUGGGUGCUAAAGGAGAUGACCAUGGUAUGCACUGGUUGAUGUUGAUGAUGGAAUUAAAUGUAACAUUUCUAAGUUUGCUGACAACACAACAAUUGAUGUUUGAAUGAUGAUAAGAAUGCAAGGUGGCGUUAAGGCAAUUUGAGUGGGCAGGUGCAUCAUAAAGUUUUCAUAUAGUAUGAAGUUAUCAUUGAGUCGAAUAACAUUGAACAUUGUGCAAUUAUGAACGAACAUUCUGUUGUCCGUCUUCCCAUCUGAAAUCCACAUUGAUCAUCUCUGAUGUAACGUUUCCACUCUGUCUUUGGAAUAUUUCUAAACAGCGUGGCCAAUCAGAUCAGUUGUGUAAAAACAAGUACAUUGGCAUGCCUUUAUCUUCUUUCUUAAGGUGACCAUUAUUGUUCUCUGUGGUAAUUCUCCUGUUCAGUAAAUAUCUUUGUAUUCCUUAAA